AGCAUGCUCAAUGUCUCAGAGCGGUGAGUCACUUUUGUCAGGUCAAUCAUCUUAUUAUUACCAUUGCGAGCUUCGGUGAUGGGUCUGCCUUUCUGAGACAAUCAAUCGCUGCAGAUCACUCCUACAUUAGAGGAUCGGCAAGUCUUAUCGCCUUGCCCCGAUUCUGCGUCCAUUCAUCUCCUGGAGAACGAACGGGAUCUCCGCGACUGUGGCCGUGCCAUCCAUCCUAGACUCGCUCGCUGGCUCAUACACAGCCUUGUGCGUGCUGGUUAGCUCCUGCCUCUCAAACCGCCAUGUCCUCUCGACACUCUCCACAGCCCAAACGUCAAGCAUCCAUAGCAUGUAUAGCACUGGUAGUGAUGACGGGGAUCAUCUUCCUCUUUGGACAUCCUGAAGCGCCUUCCAACAUCUGCUCUUCGUUCGAUCGAGAUUACCUGGUCGGAGUAGGCAAAUACGGAGGGACCAGGACAGACAGGUUGAAAGCUUACAAAGCUCAAUUCCCUGCCCUACGACCACUGACGGAUCGCGGACGACCUACUGCUCCUUCCCCAUCUGGUUCAAAGGAUCAUCAGAUCACUCCAUUUGAUUGGCCAACGAUCAAAACGCUGUUCGCGUUCGGAGAUUCGUUCACGACAAAUUAUCAGUAUAGAAUGUACCAGGAAUGGCAGGAUCGAGGGGAUGGGACAUUUGACCCGGCCGUCCACUUGAAUAAUCGCAAAACCGAUAGAAUAUGGACAGACUGGUUAUGGUCAACCUUUACCGAUACGUCCAAGACGAAAUACUACAAUCUAGCCAGACCAGGCGCUACCAUCUCGCGGGAAGUUCUACCUCCAGGACAAGAAGAAUGGGGAACACUCGAAGAUCAACUGGCAGAUUUCGAGCAAAUUUUCUCUCGAGGCUCUGGCCAAUCUAACAACAACAACAACGACGACUGGCAAUCGAACUCGACUCUAUUCCUCAUGUUUUUCGGUAUCAAUGAUAUAUCUCAGUUGGACAGAAGGACAGCGUUUGACUCGCCUAUUCAACAGACCUGUGGUCAAUUCGCUCAUGCUCUAUUCGAACAGAGUUCAAAGCUGUACGACAUGGGCGCUAGACAUUUCGUCUUUUUGAACGCUCACCCAUUCUAUCGUUCACCGAAAUACACGCUGGAAGGUGGCGUGGGACACGAUGUCUAUGGACGGGUGGUCGAUUCCGUCACUUGGUUCAAUGAGGCGUACGGAGAUGAAAUCGAAUUGUUCAGACAGAGACAUCCACAAGCAAACGUCAUUUCAUUCGACCUAUUCAGAUACAUCGAUCUCAUCAUGGAUGAACCGGAGUUGUUCGGCAUGACCGAGACGGAGCGAUUCCACAUGACAAUCGAUGAUACCGGAGAUGAGACGAAUCAUGGAAGAUUGGGCUUUGUGUGAGUCAUAGAGAGCGACAGCCUGUCUCCGGUCAGUGACGUUGCUGAUAAUGUUCUCGCCAGAUUCCGUGACAUGCAACAUCUCUCAUGGAGCACACAUCUACUCAUCGCUCGAGCUUUGAAUGGCCUCUUGCUGCGUAAAUCAACAUCCUUCACCAACUCAGUAGCCACGGAGACGGGACUGUACGUGUACCCAUCGGAAGAACCAGAGUGGUGAUCUGCAAUACCAUCUGCACAUAUCUUGGGUUCUUUUGUGACAUCUUGAAACAUCUUAUUCAUAUUGUAGUAUUAUCCACCUAUCUGGACAAUUUGCAUCUGUCAUGUUCAUUCCUGC